GAUAGAGCAGAGAUGGCGGCGGCCUUGAGGGUGGCGGCGGCUGGGACAAAGCUGUACAGCCUAGUGAGCAAUCUUGGGAGCCAAGCAGCGCGAGGCGCCGCGGCACGCAGUCUUUGUAGCCAGCCCGUCCCGGUCCCCGUCCCCGUCUCCGAGCGCAUCGAGAACAAACGCCUGGCCGCGCACCUGGGCGGGGGCCAGCACCGCAUAGACGCGCAGCACAAGCGGGGGAAGCUAACAGCCAGAGAGCGAGUCCGCCUCCUGCUGGACCCUGGCAGCUUUGUUGAAAGCGACAUGUUUGUGGAACACAGAUGUGCAGACUUUGGAAUGGCUGCUGAUAAGAAUAAGUUUCCUGGAGACAGUGUGGUCACUGGACGGGGCCGAAUCAAUGGAAGAUUGGUUUAUGUCUUCAGUCAGGACUUCACAGUGUUUGGAGGAAGUCUAUCAGGAGUGCAUGCCCAAAAGAUCUGUAAAAUCAUGGACCAGGCCUUGACAGUGGGGGCUCCGGUGAUUGGACUGAAUGACUCUGGAGGAGCACGGAUCCAGGAAGGGGUGGAGUCCUUGGCUGGCUAUGCAGACAUCUUUCUGAGGAAUGUCCUGGCAUCCGGAGUCAUCCCACAGAUUUCUCUGAUCAUGGGCCCGUGCGCUGGUGGGGCUGUCUACUCCCCUGCCCUAACAGACUUCACGUUCAUGGUAAAGGACACUUCAUACCUGUUCAUCACUGGCCCUGAUGUUGUGAAGUCUGUCACAAAUGAGAAUGUUACCCAGGAAGAGCUUGGUGGUGCCAAGACCCACACCACCAUGUCAGGUGUGGCCCACAAAGCUUUUGAAAAUGAUGUUGAUGCCCUAUGCAACCUACGGGAAUUCUUCAACUACCUGCCGCUCAGCAAUCAGGACCCAGCUCCCGUCCGUGAGUGCCAUGACCCCAGUGAUCGUCUGGUUCCUGAGCUUGACACGAUCGUCCCUUUGGAGUCCACUAAAGCCUAUGACAUGGAGGACAUCAUACGCUCUGUUGUUGAUGAGCGAGAAUUUUUUGAGAUCAUGCCCGGUUAUGCAAAGAACAUCAUUGUCGGUUUUGCAAGAAUGAAAGGAAGGACUGUUGGGGUAGUUGGCAACCAGCCCAAGGUGGCCUCAGGGUGCUUGGACAUUAAUUCGUCGGUGAAAGGGGCUCGUUUUGUCCGGUUCUGUGAUGCAUUCAACAUUCCACUGAUCACUUUUGUUGAUGUCCCUGGAUUUCUGCCUGGCACAGCACAGGAAUAUGGGGGCAUCAUCAGGCAUGGUGCCAAGCUACUCUACGCAUUUGCUGAAGCAACUGUCCCCAAGGUCACAAUCAUCACCAGGAAGGCCUAUGGAGGCGCCUAUGAUGUCAUGAGCUCCAAACACCUGUGUGGUGACACCAACUAUGCCUGGCCCACAGCAGAGAUUGCCGUCAUGGGAGCAAAGGGUGCUGUGGAAAUCAUCUUUAAAGGGCACGAGAAUGUGGAGGCUGCUCAGGCAGAAUACAUCGAGAAGUUUGCCAACCCUUUUCCGGCAGCAGUGAGAGGGUUUGUCGAUGACAUUAUCCAACCUUCUUCCACCCGUGUGCGGAUCUGCAGUGACUUAGAUGUCUUGGCCAGCAAGAAGGUGCAACGUCCUUGGAGGAAACAUGCAAAUAUUCCACUGUGAACACUCUUAAGAAAAUGAAUGUGGACUAAAUUACUGCCUGGCCAUUUAUGCUCCAUUCCUACCUUUUGCAAUCAUGAACCUGGGAAUCUAAAUACCAGUAAAAACUUGAAAUGACUAAAUUUAUUAAAUUCUAGAAAGGUCACUUUUGUACCUUACUGUAAAAUCAUGUACUUUAUUAAAAAAUGUAAUUGAUCCUUUUAA